GCAAUGUCUGCUAUGAAUAGAAAGUUGAUACAAAACCUCGCAGAAACGAUAUCUAAACAAGUGAAGCGCGGUAAUAAAACGGAGGCGGAGUGCCUCAUCCGGAUGUUUAACAGGCUGCUGGAAGAGCACAUUGUGCCUGGCAGAGCCGUCAACGGUCUAGACCGGGGGCUGUUCAGAUACAUACUGCACAACACCUUCGGAAUGACUGAUGAUAUGAUGAUGGAUGGAGUCUUUCGUGCAUUUGAUAAGGACAAUGACGGUCUCAUCACCGUGAAAGAGUGGAUUGAAGGGCUAUCCAUCUUCCUACGGGGGACCUUGGAUGAAAAAAUCAAAUACUGCUUUAGUGUUUAUGACUUAAAUGGUGAUGGCUACAUCUCCAGGGAGGAGAUGUUUCACAUGUUGAAGAAAAGUCUCAUCAGACAGCCCACAGAGGAGGAUCCUGAUGAAGGAACAAAAGACCUGGUGGAGCUCACACUCAAAAAGAUGGACCAUGACCAUGACAGCAGGCUGUCUUAUGCAGACUUUGAAAUGGCAGUGAAAGAGGAGAACUUAUUGCUCGAAGCUUUCGGACACUGUCUCCCUGAUGCCAAGAAUAUACUGAUGUUUGAGCAGCAAGCAUUUCAAGACCCCCUUCAGCGAUGAAUUAAUCCUUGACGUUUUCAUUAUGAGGCCUGUUUUCUUUAA